CAAGAAAAGGCAAUCAUCUGUUGUAAACAAACCAUUGCACGUGCAUUUUUAUACUCAAGUGUAUUUAUUUCUUAUUAUUUUAUAAAAUGCCCGAAAUCGAAGGCUAUAAAGUGGUACCCCUCCGUCUCACUGCGGACCGGCCUCUGGAGCUCUGUCCACAGAUUUUCAUGCGCGAACACUUCAUACGUCUAGAAGACGUAAACAAACCUAAAGGACGUACUCUCUUCUUACUCAACGUGCCACCUUAUGUGACGGAACAAAGUCUGAGUGUGUUCUUCCGUAAGAGUGUAGAUGUACCGAAUAAAGUUAGCUUCGCUGAGCGACCAGGGCGAAACGAAAGCGAAAUGUGGCAACAAAACCAAAUACCGUUUAGCAGCUCGACGGUACCAUUUAAAUUCAAAGUAGCUUAUAUAGUAUUUCAGAAAAGUACUGGCGUUCAACGUGCUUUGGAAGUGAAAAGCAUUGACUUGUUUAACACCGAUGGCAGCAGUGUGCUAGAAUCGGGUAUGGAAUUGUGGCACACAGAGUACAAUAAACGUUUAUUGGAUGAGAUAGAAGAGCAAGCACGCAUUGACAAGUAUAUGGAAGCUUAUGAUGAACGUGAGAAAAAUGCUUUGGAAGCGGCUAAAAAUUCAAAGGCAGACGCUGAUGGUUGGGUGACUGUUGGCAAACAAGGACGCGAUGCCGGCUUUGAGCAGAAAGAGUCUGUAAUAGGGCGCUUGGAAGAGAAGAUAGUGAAAGGCAAGAAAAAGAGGGAAUUAGAAAACUUUUACACGUUCCAAAUACGCGAAUCUAAGAUGAAGAACAUAAUUGAACUGCGCAAGAAAUUCGAAGAAGACAAGCAAAAAAUUGAAGCACUGAAAAAGACGCGGCGUUUUAGACCAUUUUAAUACUGAUGAAGAG